UCUUGCUGAUAUACAUUGCAAAGCGUUUGAAUACAUGACGUUACUAACAAAAUAUAUACCGAAAUUUGUAGCUAUGCUCCGUUUGUCUGGUAUAUGAUGGAAAACUUUCUCGGCUAUAUAAUACCUGCUUCGCGCAGACUCUCAUCACUGAGCCCGUCCCUGAAGUCAAUUAGAUUUUCAUCUUUGAUACUAUUCAUAACCAUAUUCUUUUCAUUCAAAAUACCCCUUCAACUUCAAUCGUCAACAUGACUGUCAAACUCCUUUCAACCACCGGCCUUAAUUCUCUGUGCUCUACCGAGCAGCUCAAGCUUCUUGACGUUAUCGACUCCCUACGCUCAGAGGGCGUUAGCAGCUAUUUGUCACUACCACAGAUCAUUGUCUGUGGCGAUCAAUCAUCGGGCAAAUCGUCCGUAUUGGAAGCCAUCUCAGGUGUCCCGUUCCCAGUCAAGAGUAGCGUUUGUACUCGCUUCCCUACUGAGCUCAUUCUCCGCAAGGCAGUUGCAGAGGCCAUCACUGUGUCAAUUGUGCCUCAUCACUCCAGAAAUGAGGACGACAAACAAUCCCUAUCUGGAUUCCGACAAGAGCUUGACUCAUUUGCUGAGCUUCCACAACUUGUUGAAAACGCCAAACUUGCUAUGGGAAUUCUGACAACUGCCAAAUCCUUCUCCGAAGAUAUACUUCGCAUCGAAAUCAGUGGCCCAGAGCGACCUCAUCUCACUAUUGUUGACUUGCCUGGCUUGAUUCACUCCGAAAACAAGAAUCAAUCGGCAUCGGACAUUGAGCUCAUUAACAAUGUGGUCAAACGAUACAUGACGGAGCCUCGCUCGGUCAUCUUAGCUGUCGUCUCUGCCAAAAAUGACUACGCCAACCAAGUUGUUCUCGGUCUUGCUCGUCGUGCUGAUCCGCAAGGCAAACGAACGCUAGGUGUUAUAACCAAACCUGACACCUUGAUUCCAGGUUCUGGAAAUGAGAGCCAGUUUGUUUCUCUUGCAAAGAACUGCGAUGUAGAGUUUCGUCUCGGAUGGCAUGUCCUAAGAAACAGAGACACCGACAUUGAAGCUUGGACUCUUACCGAGCGAGAUGAACAAGAAAUGGAAUUCUUUUCAACAGGAUCUUGGACUUCGAUUCCUGCGGCACAGUUGGGGAUCAAAACGCUCCGAGACAGACUAAGCAAUCUCCUCGUGCGACAGAUUGCUACUGAACUUCCGAAUCUGAUGGAUGAAAUUGAAACAAUGUCCAAAGAUUGUCAAUCGCAGCUACUCAAGCUGGGGCAUCCGAGGGAUACCAUCCACCAACAGCGGAUAUAUCUGAUCCAGAUCAGUCAGGCUUCUCAGUCACUGGUACACAGUGCCGUUGAAGGCAACUACGGUGAUCCCUAUUUUGGAGAGUCCAUGUCUACCAUAGGCUAUCAGAAGCGAAUUCGUGCUCUUGUCCAAAAUCUGAACCAGGACUUUGCUCAUGAUUUGAACCGCCGAGGACAACGCUACAACAUUGUUUUGAACUCGGAUACUAAGGCUCUCAAAACUGACAAUGCCAUGCCACGCAGCAGAUACAUUGAGAAGAUAAUGGCCAUGAUUGACCGCGAUCGUGGCAGAGAGCUUCCCGGCUUAUUCAACCCAAUGAUUGUUUCGGAUCUCUUUCGAGAGCAGUCGCUCCCCUGGAAGACAAUUGUGGAAGAUCACAUCAAGAGUGUUUGGAAUGCAGUGCGUCUCUCGAUGACCCAUCUCAUCGCCCAUGUUGCGGAUCUAAUCACAGUCAACAUUGUUCUCCAGGAGAUUGUUUAUCCUAGCCUGGACAAAAUCUUCUUGGAACUAUCUGAUAAGCUUUCGGGUCUACUAGCUUCGCACCAUAAGGGCCAUCCCAUCACAUACAACCACUACUUUACUGAAACGUUGAAAAAGAUUCGGCACGAGAGACGGACUCGACAAUCAACGACGGCGAUUCGAAAGCUAUUUGGAGAAGAGCUUGAAGACAAUCAAGAUUUUUUUGACCAUCGGUCAAGCGUAUCUCUCACUCAGCUACUUGAUUCUCUUAUGGAGGAGGAGGGUCGAGAUAUGAACGAGCUAGCCGCAUCAGAGGCGCUUGAUUGUGUGACUGCAUAUUACAAAGUUGCAAUGAAACGCUUCAUUGAUGACGUUGCAGUCGAAGUGAUUGAGACCUGCCUAGUGUCCAAACUGACUGGGAUUCUAAGCCCGCUCUCGGUCUCAUUGAUGGCGGACUCGGAAAUAUCUCGUGUCGCCAGCGAAACAACAGAAACUCGCGCCAUUCGCGAGCAAUUGAGAACAAAGCUGAGGAUUCUGGGCAAAGGUGGCGAUACUUGCAAGGCUUUUGCAAGCUUGCGAGCAAAUGAACCGAGUGAUAUUGACGCGUACGUCGAAGCCAGUGACAAGGGUAAGCUGGAGGAAUUGCCUAUGGAUUCAGAUGGGCCGGAGGGAACCGAUGACGACGAGGUCAUCGUUGAGGUCUCUGCUUGUAAUAGUCAUCCGAUAUCCGAGCCGGUCGAUGAAGUGAAGAUCGAUGAGAUAGUAGAUGAUCUAUGGAAACUCAGAGACGACCCUCCUGAGCCGGAACAAGAGACAGAAGACUACUGGGCUCCUUUCGCGUCUAAAAAGGACAAGAAGAAGAAGAAGAAGAAGAGCAAGUCGACUCCAGCUUGGCCUGACGAUCUCUAG